AUGCCGUCCAGCUCACGCUCAUGGAUUGCAGUCCCAUGUGAGAACCCAUCAGCAGCACCUUGUCAUCGUUCACUACACGUUUGUGCCGUCCGCAAAGACUCGCUGUACGUCUUUGGAGGCUAUGACGGAUCGAGCCGAAUCAAUGACUUUUAUGAAUUUAAUUUUAAUCGUAAACUUUGGUCCGUAGUCUUGGCCAUUGGCUCUGCUCCAAGUCCACGGGAUCGUCACGUUGCAGUGGUCUAUAAGGACUCGCUUUACGUGUUUGCAGGCUUUGACGGUAGUUCGCGUGUCAAUGACUUUGUCGAGUACAAUUUCUUAACGCAGAGGUGGAGCAAUGUUGUUGUGAAUGCGGGACUGCCACCGACGGCUCGACACAGUCAUGCUGCUGUGGUGUAUGAUAAGUCUAUGUACUGUUUUGGAGGAUAUGAUGGUAGCUACAGAAAUGAUUUUCAUGAGUUCAACUUUGAAUCUAAGACGUGGGCACUAGUGACAGCAACCGGACGUGUACCUAGACCUCGGUAUCGGUCAUCAUUGGUGGUACAUAAGCACACGUGCGUACUAUUUGGCGGCCACGAUGGAUCUCGCCACCUUAACGAUGUUCACGUGUAUGACUUCGAUACGCAUGUCUGGUCGUUGCUUGCAACGGAGGGGAUGGCCCCUAUUGCUCGCGAUAGCCAUGUUGCUGUCAUUCACUCCAAUUCCAUGUAUAUAUUCGGCGGCAGUACGGGCACUGCGGUGAACGAUUUCUAUAAGCUGAAUCUGGAGUCGAAUACUUGGCAACCAAUGCAGUUCAACGGUCAGCCACCGGGACAGCGGUUCUGCCACGUUGGUACUGUUUACGAUUCCAGCCUUAUCAUCUUCGGCGGCUAUGAUGGAAGUAGUCGGCUGAACGACUUUAAGCAAUUCCGUUUUGGCGAGGAAAAGCUUCAGCUUGAUAUUCCUGAGAGCACACUAAUCAGUGAUCUAAGGUUGCUGGUAAAUAACGACAUUAUGAGUGAUGUGACGUUUAUCGUGGAAGGAAUUCCUGUUUACGGACACAAGAUUCUGUGCAUUCGUUGCAGCUACUUUAACGCGAUGCUUACGGGAGAGAUGCUGGAAAGCCGUGCUCGAGAGAUUCAAAUCACCGACGUGCGUCGGCCGAUCUUCAUAUCGUUGAUGGAGUAUUUGUACACAGAUUAUAUAGAUGUCGCUGUAGACAUUGCGAUGGAGCUGUUUGUUACUGCGGAUCGGUAUGGCGUUGAGCGGUUAAAGCGCAUUUGCGAAAGUAAAAUGCUCGGAUCGUUGUGCGUUGAGAACGCUGCAAGCAUUUUGCAUGCUGCCGACUUACACAACGCAACAGUGCUGCGAGACCAGUGUGUCACCUACAUGCUGCACAACUUUGAUGCAGUGACGAAGACCGAUGCUUUUGAAGAAAUGGGCCGAACCAACGUUGAGUUGGUUUUUGAACUUUUGAAGCGGCGUUAG